AUGGAGCACCCUGUGAUGGGCACAGCGCCCAGCGACCGCCAUCAACACGAAGAGGCAGACGAGGGUCACGUCGAUGACUAUCUCCGUCAUUCGCCGGGCGAAUCACCAGCAGAGUCCUCCCCGCCUCCGCAGGACGAGAGGCAGUGCCGGAUAUGCUUUUCGGGACCAGAAGAGGAGGAAUCAAUGGGAAAGCUGAUCUCCCCCUGUCUAUGUAGUGGCUCAAUGCGUAAAGCUUACAUGGAGUGUCCCCAGUGCCACUUCAAAUACCGGAUUCAAAGGACUCGAAUAUCCGGUCUCGCGACAUCGAAACCCGUUCUCAUACUUUCCACAUUGUCGCUCUUCUCUCUCCUCACCUUGUCUCUAGGAUCCACCUUUCACUUUAUCCUUGCCCAUUCAUCGACAUUAUCGCGGACUUUCCUGUCACCUUCUUCCGGAAACCUUCGUCUAGGGGGUCCCAUGGACUUGUUUGACGACGGUUUCAUGGAUCAGGGAAACGUGAUCAUCAUCGGCAGUGGCGGCGGGACAUUGGUCUGGGACGUGCUCGUCGCUGCCAUCCAGACCUUUGCGUCGAUCGCAGACAAGCUUGGACGCUAUCAUUCGGUACUGGUCACCCGGCUACCUGGGCCUCUCGCAACCCUUGUCCUGGGGAUCGCCAUCAGGUCGCUUCUGGGCAUAGCGCUCCUAGGGUCCAUGUCCUUCCUCUCUUUGUCCAUCUCGAUGUCCCUGUUCGGGCCACUUCAGUUGGCCAAUGCUCUACGAGGGGGCUUCCUCGGAUCGUGGGGAAGACGUCGGCUGGCCAGAGGUGGUAGAGGAGGCGCCGCCAUCGUGGUAGCGCUUGUUGCGAUAGGUACCUUGAACACUCUCCGACAAGUCUACAGGAGAGUUGGGCGGCUGGCCACCCGUCUCCUCAAGUAUGUUGAGAGCCAAAUCCUUGAAGUCAACCCAGAUGAAGAAAGAGAAGGAGAGAGAAGACGAAUGGCCCGCAGAGAGAAGUGGCUCAGGCAGUGGCUCGUUGAACGUAGAUGGGGGACCGUACACGGUUGGAAAGAAGCAGGUUAUCGAGGUUGGAUUACUGCAAGAGGGUGGUGGGACGACAUAUGGGAAGAUGUGGCUGUUGACGCACACGACGAGUGA